GGAUUUGUGCAUACAAAGCUAGGUAAUUAGCUAUCACAAGCCCUUGAAAUUUGCUAAAGAUGGGUUCAGUUGAAGCCAGUAAACCCCAUGCAGUAUGCGUCCCUUACCCAGCACAAGGGCACGUCACCCCCAUGAUGCGAUUAGCCAAGCUCCUACACUCGAGGGGCUUCCACAUAACCUUUGUCAACACCGAGUUCAAUAACAUGCGCCUAAUCCGGUCCAAUGGCCCCGACUACAUAAAGGGCCUAUCGGAUUUCCGGUUUGAAACUAUACCGGAUGGGUUGCCACCGUCCGAUCGGGAUGCAACCCAAGAUGUCCCAGCCCUAUGUGAUUCCACAAGAAGGAAUUGUUUGGCCCCGUUUAAAGAGCUUGUGCUCAAGCUUAACUCCUUGUCUAAAGUGCCUCCGGUCACUUGCAUAGUUUCGGAUGGAGUUAUGGGUUUUGGAAGUAAAGCUGCAAAAGAGUUAGGCAUCCCAGAAGUUCAAUUUUGGACUGCUUCAGCUUGUGGCUUUAUGGGAUAUCUCAGCUACAGUGAAUUCAUCAAAAGAGGCAUCGUUCCAUUCAAAGACGAAAGCUUCAAAGAUGACGGCACACUUGACACACCAAUCAAGUGGAUUACAGGCAUGAAAAACAUCCGACUCAAGGACCUCCCUAGCUUCAUUAGAACCACUGAUACUAAUGAAAUCAUGUUCGAUUUUCUUGGAUCAGAAGCACGAAAUUGCUUGAAUUCUUCUGCACUCAUCUUCAACACAUUUGAUGAGUUUGAGUAUGAAGUACUAGAAGCAAUUUCAACUGUGUUCCCUCGCAUUUACAAUAUAGGUCCGCUUCCUUUACUAGGCCGGCAUGUACCCGAUAGCCAACUCAAGUCCUUAAGUUCAAGCUUAUGGAAAGAAGAUUCAAAAUGUCUCCAAUGGCUUGAUGAAAGGGAAUCCAAAUCUGUUGUGUAUGUAAACUAUGGUAGUAUUACCGUGAUGACCGAACAACAUUUGAAAGAGUUUGCAUGGGGGCUUGCAAAUAGCAAGCACCCUUUUUUGUGGAUUGUUAGGCCAGACGUGGUAAUGGGAGAUUCAGCAAUUCUGCCUAAAGAAUUUUUUGAGGAGACUAAGGAUAGGGGAUUGCUAGUAAGUUGGUGCCCACAAGACCAAGUGCUAGCACACCCAUCAAUAGGUGUUUUCCUAACACACUGUGGAUGGAACUCUACUAUUGAAAGCAUAUGUGGUGGUGUGCCGGUUAUUUGCUGGCCAUUUUUCGCUGAGCAACAAACAAAUUGUCGGUACGCAUGUACCACCUGGGGAAUUGGCACGGAGGUCAACCACGAUGUAAAACGUGAUGAGAUUGAAGCACUUGUUAAAGAAAUGAUGGAAGGGGAUAAAGGGAAGGCAAUGAGGCAAAAUGCACAAGAAUGGAAGAAGAAAGCAGUGGAAGCUACUGAUAUUGGAGGUUCAUCUUACAAGAGUUUUGAAAGGUUAAUUGAGGAGGCUAUCCAUGGUCCAUAUGGUAACUAAAUAGUAUAACUACUUUAAGCGUAGCUACCAUGGUCCCAGUGACGGAGUACAAGCAAUGAGUCGUUAUUAUUUGCCCACAGUAGUUUAUUACAUUAAGUCAAGUACUAUUAGUUGUCAACGGCAACAAUAGGAAAAUAAUUAAGAGAAGAAGUCCAUUCCAACAUGGGUUCAAUGCCAACUACAAGAAGUGGAGAACUGCAGUUCCAGACAUAGCCUUAAUGUUUUAUUAUUUUACAAGGAAGUCUAGUAGCAGCUAGUUGGGAGUUAUCAUUCGAUUAUAUUAGUCUAUUAGUUGUUCUCUUAUUAUCUAUUUAUUUUAUUGAAUAA